CACACGCUCUCUCUAUCUCACUCUUAAGAACAGAGCUUCUACAAAAAACAUGCCCGUUUUAACCGCUAAAACAGCCUCUUUUGCUAAAUUAUAGCUCCCCAUUGAUCCCCAUCUCCGCCUUUCUCCCUCAAGUUCUGCCUUUUUGGUCAUGGUGGAAAGCCGUGUUUUCUGUCUCCAAAUCAUGGAUGUAGCAGUUAACUCUCCCACUGUGUAUUAGAUUUUGUGUUUGGAUGUAGAGAGAGAUAAUUAGAUAAAGGAAAAGAGAAAUAAAAAUGGACGAUUCUCUGUCUAGCUUACUUUGUCAGGAAAGUGAGACUUGUUUGUAUGAAGAGGUGGUUGACGAGGCCAAGUUCACUGAAUUUAAGAAUUAUGAUGGCUCAGAAGAUGAGUACAUGGACAUGUUAUUUGAAAGAGAAAUCUUUUAUGGGUUCAAAAGAAAUAAGCCUUUGGCGAUUGGAAACUCGCUCAAAUUUGCUCGCUUGGAGGCUAUCACUUGGAUUCUCAAAACAAGAGCAGCAUUCGGAUUUCGCUUCCAAACAGUUUAUUUGUCUAUAACAUACUUCGAUCGAUUCCUUUCAAGGCGGUCCAUCGAAAGUGAAAAAUUGUGGGCUAUUAGAUUACUCUCAGUGGCAUGUCUUUCUUUGGCUGCAAAGAUGGAGGAGUUAAAAGUACCAAUGUUAUCAGAGUUUCCAUUACAAGACUAUAACUUCGGGAGCAAGGUGAUUCAGAGAAUGGAGCUUUUGGUGUUGAGCACAUUGGAAUGGCGGAUGUGCUCCAUCUCUCCUUUUGAUUUUCUUCAUUUCUUCAUCACAAAGUUUUGCAAGGAAUCUCCACCAAGUAAUAUAGUGUCUGCUACUGUGGAAAUCAUCUUGGCUAUAAUUAGAGAGGUAAAUUUCGAAGAUAAUCGACCGUCUGUUAUAGCUGCUGCAGCCGCCUUGUUGGCUUUGGAUGACAGAUUAACAAGAAGAUCAUUGGAGUCGAAGAUGAAUUCCAUUUCUCACUGUAGAUUUCUUGAAAUUGAUGAUUUGUUUUCAUGCUAUACUAUAAUGCGAAGAUUAGAUAUGGAGAAACAUAAGAUACCAAAGGUUGUAAAUUCGCCGGAUCUUUCGCCGACCGGAUUGAGGUCGAUUGAUGUUUUAGAUAUUUCUUCGGUUACUUCUGCUGUCAGCAAUAAAAGGAAAAGGCUUACAUUCAGUACUUGUGAUCAAAGUUGUGGCUUGCCGGGUGAUAAACUCUGCUAGAGAAAUUUUGACUAUUAAGGGCUUUGACAAUAUCUAAUUCUGAAUGAAAAUUAUUGGUCUAAUGAGCGUUCUUUAAUCAGUUAUUAGUGGCAUGAUUUGGGAUUGCUUGAGUCUGCCUUUGAGGCGGCCAGAGAAAGGGGAAACAGAGCUGGAAAAGAGAAACAUAAAGCUAAGCUUUGGGGUAGGUAUAAAAGCUGAUUGUUAUUUUAGACCAAUGCCACAAUGUGGAAAAGAGGGUAGGAGAGAGGAGGAGGGGGGCCUUUGCUUCAUUCUUGUUCAAUUUUUUUUAUUUUUUUUUGUUUAAAUCUUUUCUAUAUUUUGGUUUUCUUUCUGGGUCUGUUGAUGUCUUAAGCCAGCUGCCUUUUGAUGUGAUGCUUGGGAUGCUUUGUUGGUGUCUUUGGAAAGGCUGAAAGCAAUGGAGACAGAGGGGUAAAGAGGGGUAAGGAGGCUCUGUUUGCUUGAUUUGAUGCAUCUGUGCUGCGGGUUAGCUCUCUGCAAGAAAAGUAGUGUAAAGGUGAACUGUGAUUGGAUUUGUUUGAAUGUUUGGGGAAUGCCUUUUGAGGCGGGCCCUGCACUUUUUUUUCUUUCCUUUUUUUUUUUCCCUUCUUGUGAAGCACUGGCUUGGCUGGGGUGACGGGUCAUGAAACCCAAGACAUUAUUGUUUGUGGAAUCAAAAGGAAUUUCUAUGUUGAUUAUUCUU